GUUCCUUAUUUACUUCCAUAUUGCUCUCUCAUACACACAAGCUCUCUCUGACCCUCCCUUACCUUAUUUACUUCCAUAUUGCUCUCUCAUACACACAAGCUCUCUCUGACCCUCCCUUCCUCCCUCUUUGUUCUAUCUAUCACUUACCAUUGCAAGGAGAAAGAUUCUCCUGAAGAUAUUUUUGGUGAUUUUAAAGACCUCCAUCUCGAUUUGUCUCAGACGGCUGUUAACUGGGGGUCGGUUCCUUCACGGGGAACACUUUUGACGAAGAAAACCCCAUCACUUGGAUCGAUCAUGAAUCCUGAGAACAGAGGUCAGGAAACGACCGGGCCAGUGUACGCGCCGGUACCUCUAAGGACAGCGUGGUCGGUGGAUCUCGGAAACGGACUGAACGGGACAUUCGUACACUCCAACAUCGAUGGUACUGCAACAUUCCUGCUGCCGGAGGUGAGGUCGGCAGCGGCGCCUACUCAUCCGACGGCACCUGCUGCAGCGCAGACUCAGUACGAGGAGCGCGCGAUACACCUUAUCAAGGUUCUAAAUGCCUGCGCGGACGCGUUGGACAAAGGGGAGAAGGAGCUGGUAAACAAGGGGCUGCAGAUGAUAUGCAGUCUCGCGUCGGACGACGGCGAGCCCCUGCAUCGCCUCGCGUCUUUGUUCGCCGACGCUAUGGCGCUGCGCAUGGUCCAGCCGUGGCAGGGCGUGUGCCGCGCUCUCGGGCUGCAGAAGACUACCCCCGCACCGGAGACCGCCGCGGCACGCCGCCAGUUCGCCGUAAUGUGCCCGUUCCUCCGCAUCGCCGGGACCGCGGCGAACUACGCCAUAAUCAAGGCGACGCAGACAAAGAACAAUGCUGUCCUCCACGUCGUCGAUCUCGGCGGCGCUAACCCCGACCAGUGGCUUCUGCUCCUCCGUCUGUUUGCUACCACACGCCCCAGGGCGGGCGCACACGACCAAAUCCUCCGUCUCACCAUUGUCAACGAGGAGGACGAGUUUCUGUCCGGCACCGCUGCGCUCCUCGCCUCGGAAGCAGCGCGCCUGCACGUCGGCUUCCAGUUCCACCCGGUGAAACUCAAUAUCAAUCAGCUGCUCAGCAUCGAGCCCCUCGGUGUCAGGACCGGCGAAGCACUGGUCAUCGUCUCCACCCUACAGCUCCACCGUCUGCUCGCCGACGAGUUCGCAGAAGUGGCUGCAAAUCCUCACGACAGGAAAGGAAAAAAGCAGGUGCAUGCUACCAUGACAAGGGCCGACGCGCUCCUCCGUGACCUAGCUGGGCUGUCGCCGAAGCUUAUGGUGGUGACGGAGCAGGAGGCCGACCACAACGGCGCGGAGUUCACGGGCCGGUACCGGAAAGCGCUCAAAUACUACGGGGCCCUGUUAGACGCCCUACAGGAGAGCGUACCUGCGCGCGGGUCGGCGGUGGAGCGGGCGGGCGUGGAGCGGUGUCUGCUCCUGGAAGAGAUCAGGGAUAUCGUUGCCUGUGAAGGCGCCCAGCGCCGUGAGCGCCACGAGCCGAUGUUGAAGUGGGCGGCGCGGAUGGACGCCGCAGGAUUCGUGCCUGCAGUGAUGAGCCCCGACAUUGUCGCGCAAACGGGGAUCCUAGCGCACAUUCUGGCUGGUGGCAGCACGGCGUACAGGGUUUCCCGUGAGGAAGACGGGUGCCUCUUCAUCUACCGGAACGACGAUCCGAUGUUCUCCGUCUCGACCUGGCGCACGGUGUGACGAGGAUAGCCAGAUAUUGUGAUGUGUGAUCUCCUUGCAGGACUUUUUAAUUCAUUGCAAUAAUUUCAUAGAUCGGAUGCAUGUGUUUUGGUUCUAUGCCUGAACUUGUUAUCAUUUUGAGUUGUUGUUAUCGUACUGUAUGGAUGUUUUGUUCACCUUAUGUGACUGGGAGA